UAUUUGUCAGCUAAAAAUCAUUUUUCGUUGGUCUCGCGUUUAAUGAGCUUAUUCUAAAUUUUCCUAAGCAUUUUUCCUAGGAUUGUUUCGCUUUUUGUGGUAUCUCCCAUCUCGUAUUCUUAUCAUCUGAAAGUUUUAAAUUAUUUCUGAUACAAUUUGUUUUUUCAAAGAAAACGAUUUUAUUAUUGUUUCACAAAAAUAUAUUAAUAUUUAGGAGUGUAAAAACGUGUGUGCAAUUAGCAAAUUUAUACAAAGAAGUGCCACUUCGCAACAGCAGGUGUGAAUUGUUUCAACAAUUAUUAAGCAGUAAAUUUUUGUAAUAUUACCUAAACCAAAAUCGUCAUGGAGUCAAAGGAGGUGAAGGAAAAUGUGGAAUCAAACAACGCAAUGGAAGAUUUAGCCACGGAGGUCGAAAUAGAAGAUUGUUCGGAUAACAGCGAAGAUAUGGAUGUCGAAUUGUCAACUCAGAAUAAAAUUCAAGCUACAGAAACUGAGACAAAACUAGUUGGCAGUGAAAAGCAAAACGGGACAGAAGGAAUUGAGGCAAUAGACGAAAAUAAUAAGGAAGGAGAUGAUCAUAGUGUUAGUAUUAAUGAUUUAGAGGAAACGGUGAUUGUACGAAAUCGAUCUGAAAAAGACUUAGAAGAUACCAUAGAAGAUAGAGAAACAACCAAUGCUUCGCCCAAAUUGAUAUCUACAGCAACUGUUCCAACUGUACAACAGGAUGAUACAGAAUGCAAGUCAGAUGGUAAUGUAGAGAUCGAAACUAUAAAGAAUGAAAUAAAGGGACAAGAUGAAAUUGGAUUCGUAGUCGAAGGGGAUGAGAUCAACAUAAGCGAAGAUAAUAUAGUAGAAAACAAAGAAGUUAAAUUAGGUGAAAAUGCUGAAACAGCCAUAGCUCUCUUAUCCGCUAAUUCGAAGGAUGAAGUUGAUAAAUUGCAACCAGGACGUCAGCUAAAAGGGGAAAAUACUGUUAAGGAUAUCAUUUCGGGCAUCGAUUUAAGUAUAGAACAGGAAAACUGUGAAUUACUUAAGCAACAACAAAAGGAAUUACUUCAAAGAGAACAAGAGCUUGCCGAACAAAUACGACAACAACAACUAAUUGCUAAGCAGUUAGCCGCUGAAAAUCAGAUUCACCAGCAACAAUUGCAGCAGCAAGAGCAACUAGAGUCUCCCACACAACACGAAGCACACAAAAUUACUAGUACACCCAAUCAAAAACCUACACCACCAACUUCUCAGCUCCAGGAAAACACUUCUAAAUUUCUGACAGUCGAUAAAAAGAAAGACGAAUAUGGUUACACACAAAGUACAGAAACUUACGAAUAUAAGGAGUCAACAAACGCUCCAAAACAUAUCGACUUGCUCAAAAUCUUUACGCCAGCAACAGAUGCCAAUGAAAUUGUUCCAAGAAAUCGUAAAUUGUAUUCUUCAUCGGCAUUUUAUUCACCUGCAUUGCAUCCAACGGUGGAAGAUCAGGUGGAACUAGCACGCAGAAUAUCAAAUUCAUUGAGCGACAUAAGCAACCAGAAAUCGAAAGGCCAAUCAAUGUAUGUGAAUCGCAAAAAACGCUCUGUUAAAUGGGUUCACGAAGGUGCUGGGCAAGAUUCAACUGCCACGGAACAAAGUUAUCAAGAGGAAUUCAAAGAAAAUAAUGCGUCUCUUAACAAUGCAACACAAUCACCAACUCUAAACUCACCACUUAAUCAAAUGCCUCUUCGAUUUUUAAUGAAUCCUUUUGGAAAGGUUCGUGACAUAACGUCAGUGAGCGACUCAUUUAAUAUUGAAACUGGUCUUUUGUCUCCUAAUAAAUGUGCGGAACUCGUGACGGCGUUACAGACUCAAAAAGGCAAAGGUGCUGAACUUUUUGCCAAGCGCCGCAGGAAAUCUGAGAAAUGGGUAGUUGAUGAUACAAAUACAGGCAUUGAAAGUCCAUCCGGUCUUCCAGAUUACCAUCAGCAGCAGUCACAGUUCAAGCCAGCAGCAUCUCCGAAUAUUUUACCUGCUUAUUCUGACGCCGGAAAACACCGUGUACAAUUGAAUUUGCAUCAAGAGCAAGUGCUAGAAAAAUAUAUAAAACCUGGUUUGAAAGUAGUUAAAACACCAUGGGAAGCAGCACUUGAGACUGGUUCAGCUAGCACAGCUUUUAUAGAUGACGUCCAACAUACUCAGCAUGCAAAAACACCAACAUUAUCUCCAAUCCCAGUAACGAAUUAUAAAUCUAGUCACCACAACACUACCAACGCAGUAGCAUACAAGAACGCCUUCACAGCUGAUUACAGCAUAACACCUUCUCAUGAGCAACCACAGAAGUAUUUUCCAACAGUCAAACCAAACUUUGGCCACAAUCCUCAACGAGAGUUGGCAUAUAAGCCUAGUUUAGCAAAAGGUUGGAAAGCGCCCAGUCCUUCACUACCAAAAGAAGAUGGUGGGAAGGUUGAUGAUCCGAAUGAAUACACUUAUAAAAUAACAAGCUAUGAGGAAAAAGUCGUCACUGACAGUAACAAAACCAAGUCGCUAGAAUUUCUUGAUAAUUUUAUGGCUUCACCAAGCCCAAUAAGAAAUAUAAACCUGGGUAUUGAAAGACAGCUUCAAGAAUUAUAUAAUGGACAGGAAGUGGAGAGUGGCAAAAUCAAUAGCAAAUCAGAGCUUAUAAAUGUGAUCGAGCAAUUGAAAAAUUUAGAACACUACAACAUUCAAUUAAUAAAAGAAGAGAAAAUAGAUACAAAACGCUUAGAAGAACAACAGAAAUUGAACCGAUCACUAUCGGAACUUCAAGAUUUGAAAAUGAAAAAAAAACAAGAGAACGAAUACGUCAAAAUUGCAGUUCGUGAACUAAUAUCUAACUAUGACCAACAUCUAGUGAAUAUUGAUAAAAUUCAGGAAAGUGAGACCUUAGAAAGAGAAUUAUCGUCAUCAUUGUUUAGAGAAAAUCGAAAGGUGGACGAUAUUCCGAGUAAACUUAGAACUCAUCAAUUACGAAAUCAAAAUGAAGAGCUAUAUUUACCUAAGGAGAUAUCAUUGGAAAGUUAUGCUCCACCACCGGUGGUAACCAUGAAGGAACCCGAGAACUUUAAGUCAUCUCGAGGUUUCGCAUCAACAAUACUUACCAGGACUAGUACCUUCCCUUUGGCGAAACCAAAUCCUGUUGAAUUCAGAAGUUACGGUCAACCAAACAGCAGUGCGCAAGUACAGCAAGAAACUUCUCAACUUGUGCCCCAAAUAAAUUAUAAUCCAUCACCAUUACCUUAUGACAAGAUCGCUAAGUUCGAGAAUGUUUGUGAGCAAGCACAAAACAAUGGUUACGAUCCACAAUUUCGUCGACUAUCUGUUAAGUCUGAUGUAGACAAAAUUCAAAAUAUUCCGUCAACAUUAUUCGGAGAAAAAUCAGCCAAUGGCGAGUGGUUGACAAUUUCGCCAUAUAUUGAGACCCCUUCUCCGGUCUACACAAAACGAAUUAAUCCCAAUGCUUUAUUGCAUGGUCAAAAUUAUAAUAAUACAGCGCGUGGUUGGAAGUCAAGUGACGCAUUUUCUUGUAAGUCGCCAUGUGAUACAAGUUUUAAGACCCCCAACUUACCUUAUACAGAUUUUUAAGAAAAUGUAUAUGUAUAUGUACUAAUCGUGAAAUGUCAAAUACGUGAAAUCUAAUGAAGAUACGAAAUAUACAUAUGUAUAUAUUUCCAUUACAUUACAUUUAUAUAAGUUAUUCAAAAUUUUAUACCAUGUUUUACAUCAUGAUAUUAGAUAAUAUUUGCAAGUGCACAUAUCAACUUAUGAGUGCAAAUGGGAAAUGUUUAGUAUCGCGCCGGUUUAGUAUCGUUUAUGGAGAAAAACAGGGGAGGGCUACCCCCCCUCACGCCCCCUUAUUGGAAAGAGGAAGGAUCGAACUUUUAAAUAAACCCUCCCUCGACCCCUUAGAGCCCCUAUAGACCUGUAGGGAGCCCUUUGAAGAUGACCAAAAAUCAGUGUUUUUGUUCAUUUUUCCAUACAAACUGAAACCAAUGCAACCCAGCCAACAUUUUUGUAUGGACAAGAAAUCAAAAUAAAGAAAACCGAAAUGUUUCAGUGCAAUGUAUAUACAUAUUUAAUUGCAUCUAUUAAUGAUACAAAGGGAUCCGGGGUGACCGAAGUACUUUCGUGUAGUACUCCUUUCUGCGUAAAAAAUAACCCUGGUCGGUCCAACAACGUGGUGUAUCAAUUUUUUCACAUAGAACUCUUUUUGCGUGGGCGGCCUUCGGCCGCGCUUUAAAAAAAUAACUCUGGUCGGUCCAACACCGGGGUGUAUCAAUUUUUUUUUCGCAUAGAACUCUUUUUUGCGUGGGCGGCCUUCGGCCGCGCUUUAAAAAAAUAACCCUGGCCGGUCCAACACCGGCUACGCCAUCCACAGUAUUUUAGCACUGAACACCUUUUCGCGUUCACUUCACAAAUUUGUUGCUAACUGGGUUUAAUUUAUUCCCUUUUGUUCGUGCUUUCUCGGCAAUUUGACAGUUCAAAUUAGGCAGUCAUUUUGGUUUUUCGCAUUAUUGCACUUAAUGCAGAAAAGGUGUAUUUUAUUUAAAGAUUUACAAAGAAAUUAACAAUCAAAAGCAAUUAAAAACAAUACUAGUGGUUUUUAUAAUUCAUAAGUAAUAUAUGUGCGUGAAAAUGUAUCCAUAAUUGGUUUGGUACAAUGCACAACAGAUGAAAAUACACUAGCAUAUAUUGAGAAAUUUGCAAAAAAAAUAGCAUUUUUUAAAGUGAAGUUUUGGAAAAAUUUGUGAACCGAUUUUUAUAAAAUAUGUUUUAAAAUAAAGUUCAAUAAUUUAAGUAUACAUGCGUGUUUAAAAUUUUCAAUUUGGUUCUCUCGUUUAGGUACUGUGAGCCAAAAUUAACCGGCGCGAUACUGAACCCAACCCGUGCAAAUAUACAUAUAUGCUUUUUUCUUCUUCUUUACACUAUGGAAGCAAAAUAACAAUAAUCCGAUCUUGUUUGUCUAUUUAUAUAAGCUUAUACUACUGUAAUCGUGCUAUAAUUGAAUAUCAUUGACUCAGUGAAAAAUUAACACUGAUUAUUAAAACUUCGAAUGUGUAGAAUAUUUUCUUGAAUAAACAUUGAUUAAAAAAUGAAA